UCAUUUACGUGCCCGAAAAUCUCGCAGAUAUAAUUAGAAUUUUGCUAAACAUCUUUCUUCAUCGAUUCCCUUCAAUCAUUUACAUCGAAUGAAUGUUCUGCUGAAUGUUUUUCCAGUAAUAUGCAUCCUGAAUCAUCGCUGAAUGAUUGUUAAUCCUAAUGGGAAAGGACUCGGCAAGGACGAAGCGGGUAUAUCAAAGCCAAUUAAAUGUGGUUUAAAAUUCGAUAAAAUGGGGAUAGGAUAUCAAGAAAAAUUGACCGAAGAGACGACUAAUCGUUGGUGGGAGCAAGCGUACAAUAAAGCAGCUUCUAAUGUUACAUCGACGGGCACAUGUAAGAAAAAAGAAAGCGGGUGUGAUCCUUCUGCAUUUGCUGCAUUAACAGACGAGGAACUUUUUAAAGCUUGCGGAGGGCGUACUGCUCAUAAAGCUGCGAGACAUGGAUUACACUUAGGAGGUAAAUUGGAACGAGUCGAACAUCAAGAGAAAAAAUCGAGAAAAAAACGUACUCGAAGUGAAUGUUGCAAUGAGGAAAAAAAUGAUACGGAGCGAGCUGAACUCGAACAACGAGAGGAAAAAUCACUCGAUAAAAGAAAAAAGAAGAAAAAAACCACUCGCGGUGAUUCUCACGAUGAGGAGAAGAAUGAACAGCGAGAGGAAAAAUUAAUUGAUGGGGGAGAUGAAAAGAAAAAAACUACUUGCGACGAUUCUUGUGAUAAUGAAGAAAAAGAUGAUAUAAUGUGUGAGAUUCCAAAUAUAAAAAAAAUUAAAUCUAAAAAAAUCCACAAAAACAAAAAGAAUUCCGCCAUUGAUUCCAGCAAUAAUGCGUAAAUUUGAUGUGAUCAUUAUGUUGAUAUAAAAAAUGAAGUUGUUAUUAUGUUGUUCCUGUUUCAUUUUUAUGUACCGUAAGUUUAGGUUGUACCUAUUUUAAUAAAUGCCUAUGAAAUUUGA